AUGAACGAGCUCUGCGAGCAGCUGCACAAGAUGGAACCGCCGACAACACCACCGCGCCGAACACCGCGUCUCAAUCGCGCUCGGACACCACCAUCGCCACGGCACGGUGCGCUUUUCGAUGACUACGAGCCAUACUCGCCACGCCGCUCGACUCGAAGCACAUUGACCAGCAACCCAUACAGCAGCGUGAACAAGACUGCUGGCGGUGACAGCCUUGCAGGGAUCCACGAGACUCCUGCCAAGAAGCCGCGCUUUGCGAUCGAGAAUCUGCUCUCGCCACCGUCAUCACCCGCAUCUGCACCACGCAACAAGCUGAACUUUAAUGCAACCCCGCGACGUGCCGACAAUACAACUCACGACAAUACAAACAAGAAACAUCACCUGGACCCAUCUUCCUCAUCUCGCGGAAUCUCUGGCAUGCUACCCACGCCAUCAAAGACACCGACGAUGACUCCCGCCCGUAAGCACCAGCGCGCAUCGAGCAUGCAAGACACUGCGCGCGUCCUGCGCUUCCAGCCUGACGAUCCCAACGAUGUGAUGCCGACUCGCAAGGACAAGCGCAAGCAGAAGCCAGCCCGUAAUGUCGCCGCGCAAGACUUUGGACUCGAUGGCGACGACUUCAGCGAGACUGCCAGCCAGCGCAGUGGCAGCUUCCAGAUUUACGCCGAGGCGCAUGCCAGAGUGCCACAGCUGGACACUUCGGCAGAGAAUGUAUUCUAUCGACCACGCGCCAACACCAUCCCAGCAACCAGAAGCUCGCCGUGUAGGACGAGAAAGACUCAAGCGCAGAUCCUAGAAGACCAGCGCAUGGAGGAGGCUGUUGAGAGAGAGGAGGGCAUGGUCUUUAUGUUCCGUGGCAAGAAAGUCUUUCGCAAGUUCCAAGACUCUGAGACAGGAGACGUCAACCUUGAACAUUCUGACCGCCAGCGAGCGCUCAAGCGCUCUGUAGGCACCGCGGCUGAGCGACCCAUCACCCGCAGCAACAUACAGCCACGGCUUCUGUUCGGCACCUUCGAUUCUGGCUACGCCGGCACCGACGAUGUGGACGAAGAGGCCGAGACCGACCUCGACGUGUCCGAUGCACCUGUCAUCGAAGAGGUCCAGCCUGUGAGUGUGCCGAUCAAGGUCGCAUCCACCCCUGCCAGAUCCAAGCCAGGUCCACAACGCAUCAUGACACCACCGACCACUGCUCGCACCACAAGAAAGCGCGAUGCGGAGGAGGCCCUCGACAAUCAAGCUACUCCCGAGCCUACACCAGCCCGCACGAACAAGAAGAAGAAGGUCGCCAUCGAUGCGGUACCGAUCUUUAGGGACUGCACUCCGGAGCCUGUCUUGGCGAGUGAGCCUGAAGCUGCUGCUGUACCACUAACACCUCAACGCAGCACCCGCAAGAAGCCCGCCGAGAGAAACCUCACACCCAUCAUCGAGGAUGAGCUCGACGCCGCACCUGUCAGCAGCCAAGAGUCAUCCACUUCUGCGACCCGGCGCAAGCCUCGCAGCCCAUUCGACGACUGGCCACGCACCAAGAGUGCUCACAAGCGGGAGGCUGAUCCAUUGGAGAGCUCAGGCUCGAAGCGGACCCGUGGCGCUGCAAUCGCAGCGACUCCUUGA